AUGAUCUGGCCGGUCAGAUCUCUGAACGAGCAGAAGUACUUCCUUGGUUCAAUUCGAAAGGCGCCACAGGAAGUCAUCCAGAUCAGGAAACGGAGAUUGAUGCAGUCACACUUGAAUGAUUUUCUUCUGGCUUCUUCCCUUACAUGCGUACUUAUCACUUCCUGGACCACAGACGUCGACUGUCCGGCCCGUUCUUCGUGUCGGCCAGACGGCUGUAAUGGCUACGUCUGUUUGUGUAGCCGUGGCUACGUCUAUGACAGAAGGAGUGCUACGUGUGAGAAAGGUUCACCAGUUGGAGAGUCGUGCGCUGGUGGCGAGAAGUGUCUCUCUGUCAUGGCUAUCUGCCAGCGUGACGUUUGUCAGUGUCAGGUCUUCUUCAGAUACGUGGAGGAGUUCCAGAAAUGUUCCUUCCCAAGUGGCAACGUCGUGGGAGAACGAUGCAACACCAAAGACAACUGCUCUGAUCCAAACUCCGACUGUAUCAAGGGAUUCUGCGCAUGUGCAGAAGGCUAUAGACUGAAAACAGACGAAGAAUACUGGGUCGACCCAAUGAACCCCAAGGAGUGUGUAAUGUUCAACUCAUCUCUGACACUGUGCAAGGGGAAGCUAGUCACGCCAAACCCACCAGCCGACUUGAUCCCAGCUGGUGAACCAUGCACGGGACCCAACCAGUGCGUCAGUCAAGCCUACUGCACCGCCAAUAUCAGUGGGGUGUGCACGUGUGACAGCGAGCACUACAACGACAAGGGCAAAUGUGGUGACAGACGAGUGGCCGGAAGUACUUGUUUCGGCACCGGACAGUGUGUGGUCAAUUCCGAAUGCUCGUCCACCAUGGGAGGAACCUGUGACUGCAGAUCCGGGUAUUACGAAAGUGGAGGCAUUUGUGUAGAAGCCAUCUGGCCGACAAAACCGUGCACAGCUUACGGUCAGUGCGUGGACAACGCCGAGUGUGGCGUGGGCACAUCCAAUGUUUGUGACUGCAACGAGGGAUUUUUCGCCAACGUCUCUAUGUGCCACGAAGUUAUCCCGCCUGGUUUGCCGUGCUCGGGUGCUGGUCAGUGUGUGACCCAGGCCCAGUGUCUGGACGGGGUGUGUCGUUGUGACGAGGGCUUCUACAGCUUCAGGUCACCACCCGCCCCGGGGAGCCGUGCCGCUCCACUGAUGAGUGUGUGUCCAGCUCCAAGUGCCUGCGAGUGGCAGCUACCUUCAAAUGUUCCUGUAACACUGGCUACUUUUGAGUCUCCUAUUGACUGCGCUAACGUGGCUCCCACUUUCUCUGCUUCAGCCUUCAGUCUCCCAAAGGAGCCUACCUUGUCUGUGAUACUCAUCUUUACCUGA